GAGAGACCUGAGCAUCACUGCGCUGCCUAUCUAAAGUUCAGCUGUAACGUGAAGAAUCGCAACGAGGGUUGAAGAUCCGUGUGUCAAGAGCGGCACAGUGCACGCCGUCUAGCAAUUGCGAUUGUGCAGACGAAAUAACCUCAUAGCGGAGCCCUGUAGCAGCAUCUGUCUCCUAGUUGUUGGCAGUGCCGCAGGGCGGCGGGCUGUCGUCACGCUGUAGCAGUGGCAGCUAUAGCAGGCGUGCAAUCGUUUGGCAUUGGAAGAUACUUCAGCGGCGGUGACGAGUCUUGAUCGCGGCGCCAGUUUAGAGAAAAACCGGACCAGCAGCUGAUCUAUCGGCCGUCAAAGGGUCGGCACUCACUCGGUUCGCUCGCACGCACGGAGAGGAAACAAAGAGAAGGAAGACGUUUAUCUACACUGCGACAGAGAGAAGGCAACACCCGAUUGGCUGACGCUCCGUCGUCUGUUUGUCUAUCAAUGCGAGUACUUUGCUGGGGCAGAAGCUGAACCGCUCGACGCAACGAGUGAGCAGCAGAAAGCUUGCGGAGACAGACAGUCGAGUGUAGCCUCCUACGGACGCGUAGUUUACAAUAACAACAAUAAUCAUUUUAUUAAAUACACUAUAUUGUACGUCAACAUCGAAAUGGCAUCAGGACAACUGACCUCAUGUGAUACCUUUGUUGUACUGGCACCUGCCGCCGCAAAAAAUCGUGUCGUCUUCGGAAAAAACUCGGAUCGACCUAGUGGUGAAGUUCAAGAGAUUCAAUAUUUCCCUGCGGCGACUCAUCCGAUUGGCUCGACGCUGAAAUGCACAUUUAUUGAAGUGGAUCAAGCCGAGAACACGUAUGGCGUAGUGGUUUCGCGUCCGAUCUGGAUGUGGGGGGCUGAAAUGGGAGCCAAUGAGCAUGGCGUUGUUAUUGGUAACGAGGCUGUCUGGACCAAGACAAACCCAGAAGGCAUGAAAACAAAAAAGCUUCUUGGGAUGGACCUCGUCCGCCUGGGUCUCGAGCGCAGCAAAAGCGCGAAGGAAGCGGUGGACGUCAUCACCUCUUUAUUGGAGAAAUACGGGCAAGGCGGUCCGUGCAAUCAGAGCAAGGAUUUAUUCUACCAUAACAGUUUCCUAAUAGCCGAUAAUAAGGAGGCGUACGUUCUAGAAACGGCUGACGUCUUCUGGGCGGCUGAAAAAAUAUCCUCUGGCUUCCGCAACAUUUCAAACUCCUUGACCAUCGGAACCUCGUUUGACCUUAGUUCGGAGGGCCUCAAGGAGAAGGCUCAAACAGCAGGGUUCUGGGAUGGAAAUGGAGAAUUUGACUUUAGCAAAGUCUUUUCGGAUGGAGACGUCUGUUCACGAUAUGAAGCUGGCAAAAAAUUGCUAGAAACCCACGCUAGCGAAGGAGGUAAUUUUGACGUGAGCCAAAUGGUGGCCAUCCUUCGGGAAAUCAGUCAAGACCAGAAGACCGAUCAGCAGACUACCGUUCAGUCGUCUCAGGUAUCCGUCCUCAGCGGAUCUGGUCACAGUUGCCAUUGGUUUACGGGUACUGCUGACCCCUCGCAAUCGGUAUUCAAACCGUUUAUCUUCACUGAAGGCGUACUUAACUCAAAACACAUUAUCGCUGAUGGGGACUCUACGACUCUGUACAAAUUCCAUCAGAAGGCUAAGCACACGAACGAGCUUCAGACGCUCCUUCGAGAUCUUGAACAGCGAUGUAUUGCGGAGAUCGAUCAGAUCCUUGAUUGUGGAGCCAAGCCCGAAGAGCUUCGAGAACUUUUUAAAGACGCUUGUGAGACCGAGUACAAGUUUUACAAAUAGGGCUCUACUAUGAAGACUUGACGCGCAUAUGAGUGGUCCCCACUCUGGGCUAAUAUAAACAAUCAAGGACAAUUUCUUUUCAACUGAUAACUACAACUAAUAGUGUCUGUCGAGAACAACCACUUUAGAAGCAGUCGACGAAAAUAAAAGGACUAUAACAUAAAUUUAAAUAUACUUAGGUUUAAAUAUAUAGGUGGUGCAAUGCUCAAUAGAAAUGCUAGCUAUUUUUUGCCGAUAACAUACGACGCCACAGAUAUUGAAUAUGGUUAGGUAGCGUUUGGUAAAACUAAAUUUAAGUAGCAUUUAUAUUAUCGACGGUAGACAGGCGGGUUGAAACAACUUAGCGGAAACAAAAUGCGACAGAAUGCCUUAUUCACUUUGGGCAGUUUGGGUGAUAGGGUACGGCCAGCCCGUUCUCAACAAUUGCCUGUAUUCUUUGGCGAAACCCAAAUUCAUAGACAAUUGCCCGGAUAAUAUUAUAGACCCUAUUGCCUUCCAAGUCUUCUCCCGUUAAUCUUGCGAAAUCCAGUAAGAUCUAAACGAAGCAAUUAUGACACAAGGUAAUAGAGCCAGGUUUAACAAAAGGGCAAUGUAUUUGUCAUAUUUGCAUGUUUAGACCUCCGGUGGUGUAAAUCUACCUUAAGCAAUCCGAUGUCUCUCCGCCGUUUAGGUUUACACUUGAAGCCUACAUUGAGUUACGACCUACGUAGUAAAUCUGCAACAGUUUUCGGCAUUGUGCACUAUUUGGGCAAUCUUAAAAAACUAAGACACAGAUAUAGCGAAUGCUUUAUUACAACGACGAAAGGGUGCAAAUAUGCCAGCCUUUAGCAUUAUUACUGUUAUUACUGGCAUUGGGAGUUGAGGAGCGCGGAAAGCACGGGCGUAAAGUGCCUCUUUAUCAUUGCCUCUUCUUCAUAAUUACAUCUUCUAUGUAUGCGAGUAAUUUGUUUCACUCUUCAAUAUCAACAGUAUUAGAAUAAUUUUAUGUUAAUCAUGUCGAAGCGGCAAGAUUCGUAAACAUUCAACAUGGGCUAAGUGGUGCUUAUGGUGGCAUCAAAUCAAAUAAUAUAAUUUUAUUAAUAAUAUGUUGAACUGCGAUGAACGACUUGCACUAAAUGAAGCUUUACAAGGUAGCGCGUGCCGGGCAACCUUUACUCAGAAUAUAUAUGUUCUGAGUAUCUAUAUAUAUAUAUAUAUAUAUAUGACUAAGCAUUUUCUCUGGGUACUGGGUUAUCUAUUGUGGUAUUAGAAAAAUGACAUAUUUACGUUUAUUGGUAAUUGCCGCGGCGAUGACGAACGUGUUCGCCAUGUCUUCUUCAUUUGCUGAUCUUCGGCUUCAUCAUUUCGUCUUUAUCUGGAUAGGUUUGCGUGCAGACUAUAUUAGUUAACUCUUUGGGAAAUAUAUACUAUUUUGUGUGAUUUCACAUUCCGUGAUUGUUUAAAAUUGAAAUAAAAAAUGGAUCUGAUCAUGCUGGCCAGAUAGCC